UAUUACUGCUAAAUAUAUCAAGUCCUCUUUAACAAAUAAGUAAAAUAGUUUUCUUGAAAAAAAUUGGUCAAUUUACACUUUUUAAGCUUUUCCCCUUUGUAAAGAAGAGCACGUGUAUAAAUUACCGAUAAUUUUCAAUCAUAUGACUACCAACGUGAUAUAUUUUCACUUCACAUUUCUCUCUCUCUCUCUCUCUCUCUCUCUCUCUCUCUGUCUAUUUUUCUAUUUAUCUUUUUCUCUAUUUCUCUCACUUUUGUCAAAAUCAUAUCUCCUGUGGAAGAAUGAAAUAUACUUAUCUAUUAAUAGCAUUGCUUUCAGGAGUAGUCUUCAGUAAUGAAGAAUGCUCCGAAAGUGCGCUUGAAUGCGAAUACUACUUUGAUAUUGAAUACGCAAAGAGUAUGACUUUUCAGGGUUCUAAGGUAUAUAUGGCUAAUAAUUCUUUCAUGAUAUAUGAGAAGGAAACUGGUAAUCUUAAAAUACUUACAAAUGAAGAGGCAGAACAAGUUAUUACGGCGGAUGGAAGGCAGAAGAGUCUAAUAACUAUCAAUGGUCGCUUUCCGGGACCACCAAUAAUAGUCUAUGAAGGUCAAAUAGUGACAGUGAAACUAAAAAAUUCUUUGGACAGUCAAGGAACUUCUCUUCAUUUUCAUGGAAUAAAACAGCUAAACACUGCUUGGAUGGAUGGAGUCGGUGGAGUAACUCAGUGUCCUAUAAGUCCAGGACAAAGUUUUACUUAUAAAUUUUUAGCCUCUCCGGUAGGAACACAUUGGUAUCAUUCACAUUACGGUAUUCAAAGAAGUACUGGCUUAUUCGGUCCGUUAGUAAUUAAGAGAAAGAGCGAUAAGGACGAAAAAAAGUACAACAAAGAGUUUAUCAUUUCUGUGCAUGAAUGGCUAUGGAAUGAUACUUCUGAUAUCUAUGAUAUGGCUUCGAAAGAAGCAGUUAGUUUUGCAUUCGGAUAUGGAGAUUUUAAUUCUCCUUGCUUUUUUUCCUCAAAAGAGUCAGAUGGCAUAGAUACUGUGGUAACCCCGAUUUAUUCGGCUCUACUUAAUAGUAGAGGUCGACACUACGGACGUUUUAAUAGAACAUAUCCCGGUCCAAAGCUUCCUCUUGAAGAAUUUCAUGUGGAAAGCGGCGGGGUAUAUUUAUUUCGUAUUAUAAAUACUGGAAUGGCCGUUUCCUUUGAAAUAAGCAUUGAUGAUCACGAUCUAAUGGUUGUAGCGACUGAUGGGUGUGAUGUAAGACCAAAGCAAUUCGAUUCUUUGAUCAUCCAUCCCGGAGAAAGAUAUGAUUUUUAUCUUGAAGCCAUUAGGGAACCUGGAAUAUAUUUCUUAAGGGCUAGAACACUUGAAAGAUUCUCUAACAAUAAGCCAGUGAUUCCUGUUCAUAUUGAAGGUUUAAUAAAGUAUAAAGGAAGCGCAAAGUCAUUUUCAAAGAGGAAAAAAUGCUCGCGGGUUUAUCCUUGCAAAGUUUUAAAUUGUCCAUUUGCGACUUCCAUCAUUGAUAAUUGGAUUUGUACCUCCAUUGCAAAUUUGGAAGCUUUAAAUGAACGUCACAUUCCACAUCCUACGGUUGAGCACUUUCUAAAUUAUCAUUUUAAUUGGCUUAAGGAUGAGAGGGUUUGGAAACCGACAAUAAAUGGAUUAAGACAUGAGAACCCAUCGGCCCCCCUUCAAUUAUUUCCACCGGCGGAACUACAGAGUAUGCGCGAGUGUGGUAAAGAAAAUUGCAAUAAUUCUUGUAAAUGUACAAAUAUACUGCAUUUACCAUUCAAUAAAAGCGUCCAAUUAGUUCUCGCAACAACCAUUCACAAUCCUAAAAAUGUUCUCAAUGGGAAUCCACAUCCAAUACACUUACACGGUCAUCACUUCCAAGUUUUGUCUAUUGGCUAUCCUAAAUAUAAUGAACAAGGAGUAUAUUUCAAACAGAAUCCAUCCCUUAAAUGCUCAGAUAUGCAAUGUAAUCGGCUUCUUUGGUCCUUCAAUAAAACUAUUAUUAGUAAUCCGAGAGCUGUUGAAAAAGAUACAGUUAUAGUUCCUGCUGGGGGAUACGUUGUUAUUAGAUUCUUGACGGAUAAUCCUGGAUUUUGGUAUAUGCAUUGUCACAUGGAAUUUCAUAAUGAAGAAGGAAUGGCAAUGAUACUUCAAGUUGGAGAAAUGAGCGAUAUGACAGAACCUCCUAUAGAUAUGAAUAAUUGCGGAAAUUUUGAAUGGAAUGAUGAAAGCUUUUCCAAUUACAUUAAAAAUCCUCCCACAUUAAAUUCACUUUUGCAGAAAGAAGAGAAGACUGACAAAAGGAAAUUAAUUGCAGUCUAUGUAGCUGCAGCUUUAGCUACGUUUAGUUCGUUUUUAGCACUGUUUGCACUUUGUCACAAAAGAAUUAACAAACAAUAUGAUGGAUAUCAGAUUAUUCCUAUGCAAUAGCAGGAAUAUUGAAAGUUUAACAAUAUUUAAAUUGAUAGAACUAUAAACGAUAGAAAAUUGAUGAUCCUUUGUAGAAUCUUAAAAAAUUACUUAAAUGCGGCUU